UCGACGGUGACGAAACUUCUCUUCAUUUCCCUUCUGUGGUCCAGACUGGAGCGUCUUCAGACACAGCGGUGAGGUCAGCUGGCAUCCGAGAAAACGGAGCCGUACCCGCGGGUACGAACAUACCCAGACUCCUCCAGCUUCCUCCAGUGCUUUUUCACGGAAAUGCUUCACCUGAAGUUUUCCCUCGGACGGUGAAAGUUUGGAGUUGGAGGAGGAAGGAGGCAGCGAGGAGACGCUUCCAAUGGAGAGAGGCUGAACCUACCGACCUAUCCGGAUCAGAAAGUUCGACAAGAUCUACAUCCACAUCCCUGAGCUGGGUAUCAUCACUCAUUACUUCAGUUAUAUGUUGUAUCUCCAGUGUGAGGUGUGAUGUCAAACCGUGACUCUCUGGGGAAGGGGGAUCUGAUCCCCCAGGAUUUGGUGGAUAUCUUCGCCCAGGAGAAACACGGUAACAGGGGCCGGAAGAAGCGCAGCCGCUCGCUGGGUCGGGCUUUGGGCUGGCUAAAGGGAAAGAAGAAGAAGGAUCUCAGCUCUAAAAGACAGAGUCCAGGUCUGGGUCCUGCACUUGACCUGGCCUUUGACGGACCUACUGGACAUCAGGGUGGACACAAGGGAGGACAGAAGUCGGGAAAACAGACUCACCCACAAGCUGUCCCAAAGCUAGACGACGAUGACAGGACCCCUGCCGCCCCACUGUUCCAGGAGAACGUGUUCAUUGAGGCCAGCAGGCCCCAAUACCUGGAAAACCUUCACAGUGAAGCCCUGGAGGGGUUAAAAAUGAUGCAGCAGGAAGAAACCAAUAAUGGAGUGGAGUAUCGGGACAAUGAAAGCACUGUUUCAACAAUGACUGUGCACACAGAUGGUGAAGGUGGAGGGUUCAUGACGGACAGCACUAUCGCUGACUCAACUUCUGUCAUCUCUGUAAAAUCCUCUGUGUCGACAAGAUCAUCCCGCUCUGGACUCACCAGGCAAGAAUCAACUUUCAGGCCACUGAACUCUGGAAAGAAGUCCAGGCCGAGGAGAAAACACAGGAAGACUGUGACAGGAAUCCCCCAGCAUGUUCAGAGAGAACUUGGUUUGGACAGAGUGGGGUGGACUCUGGCUCAGAAGGCUGAUGAAGAGCACCUUUAUAAUGGUGACACAGACGAGAGCCCAACUACUGAGGGUUUGCAGCAGACGGCAACAUCACAAACUGGCACCACUAACAUCAUCCACCCCCUCAACAAAGACCAGCUGGAUCAACUCGAUGCUGCCAAUGCGAGUCACGGAGACAACCUGGCCUUGAUGCACCCCCUGGACCCUAACCUGCCAGCAGAUCAGAGGCCUAACUCCUUGGCUGUCCCGUGGAUGCCCACAUCCAACAGCCUGCAGCAGGAACUACCCAGCCCUGUCAUGUCCAUGUCCCCGCAGGCUGCAUACAUGUCCAAAAUCAUCCCCAAUGCUGUCCUACCACCCUCCAUCGAUGUGGUAGAAAUUAGCCGUGGGCGUAGCCGCAACAGUGUACGCACCGUCAGUAAGAGCAGCCUGGUGCUGUCCAGCCCCGCCUCCUCGCGGGCUUCCUCCAGAGCCUCGAUAAGAACCACUUCCUCAAAGGCCUCCACCAUCACCUCUGCUUCCCAAAACCCUCCAAAUAUGUCUGACAGCUCAUGUUGGAGCAACUCUGAGUCUUCAGAAACCCUAGUGUCUGACUCCUCCACCAUCUCCAGCAGCAGCACCCCACGACAAAAGAGGUCUCAAGAUGGAAAUGCAUCAGCCAAAGAAGACAAAAUCAGUGUCCACUCAUCCAUCAGCAAGGCUUCAAAAGGCACAUUCAAUGGCAAGCUUGUUAGUAAGCGAGAGGCUGGGAAUAAAGAGGGGCCGUUUGUGCGAAGUCUCUCAGUCAUGAAGCAAAAGAGGGCUCCUCCACCUCCAAACCGCUCGUAUUCCCUUCAUAACAAGAUGAAGAGACGAUCACGGGAUUUGGCAGAGAUGAGGGUGAUCCCUGGAGAGGAAAAUGUCCCAAAUAACAAAUCAGAAUCUUCUUCCAUGCCUUCCAAACCCAUAGACAGCCCUGGGUACAAUGCUGACACCAGUUCUCUGGAUGACUCUACAGGCUCUGCAUCAUUUAGUCCUGUUAGAUCCCAGUUGAAGGUGAAGAAGGCAGAGGAGGCUGCAAAAGUUCAUGCACCAGAUUCCAAAGAAUCUUCACAGGUAGAGAGUAAGCAAACCAAAGUAGUGUCCCCAUCCAGUGGCUACUCAAGCCAAGAGGCCACAUCCACUCAGUCUUUAAAACAGUCACACAGCUCAUCUCCAAGACACAAAAGAGGCCUCUUAGCAAAGCUUCAAAGGCUCUUUCCUGGCUCUGCCCCUUCCUCUCCAACUCCACCUCCUUCUGAAAACAUAAAACCAGCUGAUAAUCUCAAACCUGACCCCUCAGUCGAUUCAGCAAGUCCUUCUGUGAGAGCCCUGAGAGAACUCUUCAACAUCCCGCCACAUCCUAAAGUCCACGCUCCACCAGCUCCUCCUCCAGAGGUGUGGGUUCACAGCAGGCGAUCCAUCGAGCUACUGCUGGGACCCCCGGUGCCUGAUGACAUUUACGCCAUCAUUAAGAAGAAUCCAAAGGACAAGAGGCCACACAGGCAGUCUCCUUGUGCAUCCGCAGAAAGCUCUGUGAAACUGGAACGAAAAAUCAAGACAGCUGUGGUGGAUGGAUCCACUGAGACAAAGAAAGUUCAAGGAAGUGUGUUUUUGAAUGCUGAGGUUCACAAAGAGAACAACAACAGACUGGCAGAGAAAGAUGAGAAAGUAAGCGCAAGUGACAUUUUAAGUGGGAUGUUAGUGAAGGCAGUCGUGAUACGAGAAGAAAGACUCGCAGCAAGAGAAGAAGAAAUUAAAAAGGUUGCAUCUCCUGAGUCGUCGUGGCCUCCACCUCCUCCACCUGUUGGACAUAUGGUCAUAACAGAUGAAAUGGAUUUCCCUCUCCCGCCUCCGCCCAUGUUCGGUGAGGGGUUGGUCAUACCCGUUCAAGUGCCACCUAGUGGAGACUCCUCUUCCACAAAUACAGUCCUAAAUAUCCCUCCUCCACCACCGUAUACGGCCCCUCCUCCACCAAGUGAUGCAAUAACCCCUGCUUCACUGAGGAGGCUCUCUCCACUGCCUCCAAUUAAAGAGGUUCCUCUAACACCACCACCUGAAGAGGUUUCUCCACCCCAACCAACAUUAAUGAUUUCGCCAACUCUUCCACCACCACCACCACCUAUGGAGAUUAUUCUCACAGCACCAUCUAAUAACGUAACUCCUUCUCUACCCCUAUCUACACAAGUUCCUCCACCCCCACCACCUAAAGAUGUUUCUCCUUCACAACAACCCAAGGAAAUCUCGCAUCCACCACCACCUAUAGCAAUUAUUCAACUACAGCCGACUAAAGAAGUUACUCCUUCUCCACCACAACCUAAAGUUGUUGCCCCUCCACCACCUCAAGAAGUUAUUCCACCCCCACCACCAAAAGAGAUCUCUGCUCCGCCACCACCUCAAAAAGUUAUUAUACUCCCACCACCUGUAGAUGUUUUGCCUCCGCCACCACCUCAAAAAGUUAUUGUACCCCCACCAGCUAAGGAGAUCUCUGUUCUGCCACCAAUUCAAGGAGUUAUUCUACUCCCACCAUCUCAAGAUGUUUCCCCUCCUCCACCACCUCAAGAAGUUACUUCUUCUCUACCACCUCCAAAAGACGUUGUUCUGUCCCCACCACUUGAAGAGGUUUCCUCCCCACCAUCCAAAGAAAUUUCUCUUCAACCCCCUCCACCACUACCCAAAGAGGUAUCUUCGCCCCCCCCUCCACCCAUCAAAGAAGUCUCCACCACACUCGUUACAGUGGUGUCGCCUCCAUCAGUUGAAGAGGCCUCCCCUCCAGUGGUUGUUGAGGUGUCCACUUUCUCAAAUGGAGAUGUUCCUCCCCCAUCUUCUCAAGAAAAAUCCCCUCCAUCUUCAGAAGAAGCUACACCUGUUAGCACGCUUACUCCACCACAAAGUAUUCCACCUCCACCCGCCGUCCUGUCACAAACCCAGGAGGAGAUGAAUCCCCCAGAGAAGUGCAUUCUAUCAGAACCUCAAACAAACCCAUCUCUGUCCAACAGUAAUUUUGCUCCUCCUCAGAGUAUUCCACCUCCACCUCCCAUACAGCCUCCAUCAGAGGAAGAAUGCCGGGGUGCUAAUAGUCUAGCACCCAAGGAGACACCUCCUCCUCCGCCCUCAUCUGAAGUCUCAAUCCCACCAGCCCCUGAAAAGGCUCAAGAACCUGAAAAUAAUCCACCCUUACCAAGUGCUGAGCCCCAGAUACUUUCCAAACAGACUUCAGAGAAAACCUCCACCCCUGUUGUUCCAGAGGAACCCACACCCAUCAUCACCCCCUCCCUUUUGCAGAUGGUGAAGUUGCGGUCUGUCAACAGCAGCCCUGAGCCUCCUAAAGCCCCAGAGCAAUCAGAGACAGAGGUCAUCAUGAGGAAUAAGGACACAACAUCUGCCAGCGGUGAAGCUCCUCAGAAGCCCAUCAGAAGGUCUCUGAUCAUGUCCUUACCUACAUCUCCAACAUCAACCUCUCCACCUGCCGUGAUUGUCUCAGAGCCUGCCCUGCCAAAGUCCCAGUCUCUAGUGAUCCCACCCACAUCUUCAUCCACAGCCCUGUCUCCCACCAAAAAGUCUCCUCCUGCCAUGAUAGCUUCUCCCUCCAUGAACCUGCAGGAGGCCAUCCGCCUUAGGACAGCAGCCAGGUCUAAGGAGAACCCCACCUCCCGCCUCAGCUUGCACUCGCCCACGUCACCCAUCGACCUACGCAAGUCCCCGACCAGCACAGCUAGCUUUAUUUUCUCAAAGAGCAACAAAAGGGUGGUGAUUGAGACCAAACCAGUGGUGGAGAAGAACAGAGCGGAUGUGAAAAAGGUUGAGGGUGAAGCAGAGGCAGAAAAGAAGGGAGUCAAGGUGCCCCCGCCUGUGGCAAAGAAACCCAAAGCAAAAGGCAAAGAGACGGACAGGAGCGAAGGACCAGAGCAGACUGCAGGGCAGGAAGCACAGCAAGAGAGUAUCAAGGAUGCUGCAGAGAAAGCCAAUGGAACAGCAGGUACUGUUGAAGGAGAAGUGGCACCAUCCACAUGAUUAAAAGGACUGAUGGAAGAUGAGGAAGUUGCAAGUUGGAUGUUGCAAGUUGGUGUGUUAUGGAAAAGAAACCGGAUGUGGAUAUAUUCAAUGCUUAUUUUCAAAGGUUGCAUUUAAAAAGUUCAGGAUUUUAAAGAAGAUCCUUGGAUUUUCAUGUUUAUGGUGUGGGUAAUAAUUUUCUCAUUAUGUAUUUUACUGAGAGUAAAUACAGCCUGUUUUUGUUUUACCAGAGGGUCUGCAAAGCUUUAAAAGAUGUAUCAGAUAGGAUUGUACCGCCCUCUAGUGUCAAAGAAUGGUAACACUGUCCUGCUGAAUCCGAGCUUCUACUCAGUAAUCCUACUGUGGGACUUUUGGGCGUUCAUUUGUAAAUAUAGCAUGAUUUUGUACAUUGAAGAUAUCUUAAAAAGGUAGAUCUCUCUGGACUACAGAGUCCUGGUCUGUAUUUUUCCUAAAAUGCUUCCACACCUAUUAUAUAUGUUGAAAAUAUUAAUUAUCUUAAGUUAUUUUUCUGUUUUAAUGUUGAGAGGAGGGUCUCUGCUGACAAAAUGUCUUAUUUUCAACUUUGUAUCAAACUUUGAUUUCCUUUGAAGAAAAUUUAAUUGUAAAGCUCUUAAUCAUAUCCAAAUAUAUUUUGUUGUUCUGACAACUCCCACUUCAUUUUUUAAUGAUUUAAACCGAUGUGCAUGACUAUUAAUAUCACAGAAGUUAUCAACAUGUAAAUCAUUACAAGAGUCAUAUUUUAAGGCACAUUUUUGCUGCUUUUAGUUACUGAUAAUGGAGACGAUGCCUUUUUUCACAGUCACAGCUCAGACAGUGAGAUGUCUGUUUUGAACUAUAAUAUAUUCCAAACUGGCUUCAGAGAAUAAUUUUCUAAAUGAUUUAUGCAUCAUAAAAAGAAUAAAGAUUUAUGGCUGGAUCAGA